UCUGUGCUAGGUUGUAGGGCGUGUGUCUUUGCGCGUGCACGCGCCUGCAAGUAUGUUUCUUCAUAAAUGCGCGUGGACAUGUACAGGAGGAAGCAUAAAGCGCAAUGACGCAGCGCGGCGCACAGUAGGAUUACUGGAGAAACAAACAGCUGCGCGCACGGGGAAUGACACUGUGCAGAUUUAAGAAUUUAAAAUUCCUGGGGCCCAACAAGUACUCCGAGGUGCCUGAUGGAGGCUGGGGAUGGGUGGUGGCUGUGGCUUUUUUCUUGGUGGAGAUUUUCACUUAUGGAACCAUCAAGAUUUUUGGAAUCUUCCUGCUGGACCUGAAGACGGAGUUUAAGGAAUCUAACAGUCGGAUCUCCUGGGUGGUUUCCAUCGCUGUCUUUGUCAUGACCUUCAAUGGUCCUCUUGCUUCUGUGAUGACAAACCGCUUUGGGUACCAGUUUGUCGUCAUGAUUGGAGGCUUACUUAUUUGCUGUGGUACCAUUGCCACCAGCUUUGCCAGCUCCAUCAAUCAAAUCUACAUCACAUAUGGAUUUGUUGCAGGCUUAGGCUACUGUCUGACCUACUUGCCCACGGUAACCAUCCUCUCUAAGUACUUUAACCGUCGGCGGUCUCUGGUUGUGGCUGUGGCUUCCAUUGGGGAGUCUCUGUCAUUGUUUGCUCUGGCACCAGCAUAUUCGGCAGUAAGAGACAAAAUUGGCUGGCGGCAUACCAUGACGUUGAUUGGAGCUUUGCAGAGCAUCGUCAUUGUCUGCGGUGCGCUGCUCCGGCCGGUCCUUAUCGUACCCAGAGAAUCCGACAGCACGGAUGCUGACAAAUCAUCGCCGAAAGAACUGGAAGCCCUUCAGGAAUGUGGACACGUGGAAGGUUCAGACCAAGAGAGCUGUUUGAGAAAAGAAAAUGAGAUGAUUGACAGCUACGGCACCACUGGAGUCUCUGACCUAAAGUGUCUCAAGGAUGAAAAGAGCCCAGAGGAGAACGCUUUACUACAAAAAGGUGGAGUAAAAGAGACAGAGCGGACACCAACAGUGACAAGUCAGGAAAAUGAUAACGAGAAGCAGGGGAUAAAAGACUGUUCGAAGCUCUUAGACUUCUCCAUCCUCCGAGAGUGCAGCUUCAUUUUGUAUUCCCUCUUUGGACUGUUUGCCACUCUGGGCUUCUUUGCCCCGCCGCUCUACGUCAUAGAGCUAAGCGUGAGUCACGGAGUGGAACGCGACAGAGCCGCCUUCAUGCUCUCCAUCAUAGCUGUGGCUGAGAUCUUGGGACGAUUCUUCAUUGGGUGGAUCUUAUCGCACAGGCUUUUCAGCGGAAGGAAGCUCCUGGUGCUUCUGGUGUGCGUCAUCAUUAUGACCCUGGAUCUGGUGGGAUUCACUCUGGUCAAGGAGUUUUACGGCCUGGCUGUUUGCUGUGCCCUGUAUGGGUUCUUUAUGGGCACCAUAUCGUGCACCCACAUCCCACUGCUGGCUGAGGAUGAUGUUGUGGGAAUAGAGAGGAUGACUUCCGCGGGGGGUGUCUAUGUCUUCAUCCAAAGCUUUGCCGGAUUGGCCGGACCACCGCUUGGAGGUGUGCUGGUGGACAUAACAAAGAACUAUGGCGCUGCGUUCUACUCCUGCGCCAUCGGCAUGGGGCUGAGCGCCUUGUUCCUGGGUUUAGUCAGACCUGCAAAGAAAGGAAUGCUCUGCAGAAGAGGAUGCUCCAAACAAUCUGCACUAGAUCAACAAAAUAAAGACAGCUGCGAGGAACAAAACGGAGAGCAACGGCAAGCAGAUGCAGCUGCUGCACAUUAAUUCUCUUAGGAUGGAAGUCUUGUAGAGACAAGUCAAGCAAUCUAAAGUACAUAUUCCGUAAAAAUGUGAAAAACUGGCAUGAAUUUACAAAGUGGGAGAAAAAAAGAAUUCUGUUAGUGCAGAUCUGCAUUUUGACAUUUUUUUAGGAAACUUUUGGAAUGAGCAGUUGUGAAUAUGAAAUACUAAAAAGUGUUUUUUACCAAAAGUCAUUUGUGAAAAGAUUUUUGAAAAAGCAUUGUUUUUUAAAGUAAUUUAUGUCUGUUAGCCCUGAAAAGACAAUGAAAAGGUGUGUUAACCUGUACUAAGUGACCGUAUCAUAGAAAAGUCUAAGUAAAGAUUUUCUUUUAGUUAUUGAAAUUGAAAGGUGGAUGUAUUGUGAGGCAAAUGAACUCCAAAUUGUAAAUGUUUAUUAAAAGAUAUUCUCUAUGAGGCACUUUUGGAUUUGACAAAGCAAGUUUGAACAAUCUGUACUGUUUGCACAAUUCAUGUUUAAGGCAAUUUAUGGAUCCACUCAAAUGAAAAUCAUGUUUUUGGUGUUUUCAACAUGUUUUUGUGUCAAUUUUCUGACGAUAGACGACAUAUGGGAAGAAAAUUAAAAUUGCAUUUUUGAGUAUUUUUCAAUUGAAAUUUUUGUAAAUUAGACGCAGAGGACAAAUGCAGUUUGAAACAGAUUGUAUCUGUAGAAAACACACUGGGAGGGCUAUGACUUCCCCUCUCCGAGCUCUCAGCAAUUAGGAGGGGAAGGGAGUGUGGGGUUGCUCCACGCCAACAGUCCUGCCGCUCUGCAGAAACUAUGUCCUAAAACGGUAUAAUCGCAAUUAUCAGACCACUGGGAACACUUUGAAAAUAUCUCAAAAGAUGAUCAAAUGGGAUUUUCAAAGGCUUCACAGCAACAAAAAAAACAGUAAACAGUAGAAUCAUACAUUUUAAUUUUAAUCUUUUUAAAACAAGAAUAAAAGUGCAUGUAAAAAGCCUUCAGUUCACUAAGCUGUGAAUGUUGUUGUUAGAGAAGAAGUUUGUCUAAAAUCAAGAAACUGAGCUGUGUGAGUGUGUGUGUGUGUGUGUGUGUGUGUUUGGGGGGGAUACCUACAUACCUAAAAAAGAUAUGUUGAUUGAUAUAACAGAUUGUAAUGAAAAUACCUCAUUUGUUUCCUGUGUAAUGUCUCAAAGAAGGAGAGGAACUUUUUUUUAUUUUUUGUAAAUUAAAAGUUUUCAAUCAGA